CCCCUUCCUUUCAGCCCAGGGUGGCCCUGCCCUACGCCUGCCCCUCAGAGCCGGCGCGUCACGCGGGGCUGGGCCUCGAAAACGGCGGCGUCCUCCUCCUCCUCCUCCUGCCCGCUUCCUCGCAGCCGCUGCGGGACGAGCUGCCCAAGCGAGGAGGCCAUGGAGAGGCGACGGCGGGAUGCUCCCUCGCAGCCACCGCCGUUGCCGCCUCCGUCGCUCGGGGCAAACGCCGCCUCCUCCUCCUCCCCGAGCUCGGCUGUGGCGGCGGCGGCGGCGCUGUGAGGGGGCGAAGCGGCGGCGGCGACCGGAGGCUCAGCGCACCUCCCCGGGCGAAGAGACCCGCCGCCAUGGACGCGGCGCCCUCUUCCUCCUCCUCCUCGUCGUCGUCCGCGGAGCUCCGGGCGCCCGGCGCGCUGGGGCCGCUGGCUGCCCUCUGCCUGGUCAACCUCUUCUUGUCUGGGAAAAUUGAAAGUGCUGUCACUUCAUUAGCUGCUUGCAGUGGAAAACUGGAACAGCAUACUGAGCGGCGUGGGGUCAUCUACAGCCAUUCCUGGCCACUCCACUAUCCUCCGGCCACCAACUGCAGCUGGUACAUUCAAGGUGAUCGAGGAGAUGUGAUAACUAUUAGUUUUAAGAACUUCGAUUUGGAGGACUCUCCCAAGUGUUCAACAGACUGGCUCAUGAUCGGUCCUCCUGCCAAGGGAGAAGAAUACAAAGCAUGUGGAUCCUUCAUCCCACCUCCUUUCAUCUCUGCCAGGGAUCACGUCUGGAUAUUUUUCCACUCUGAUCCAUCAAGUUCAGGGCAGGCUCAGGGAUUUCGCCUUUCGUAUAUCCGAGGGAAAAUGGGCCAGGCUAAUUGCCAGUCUGAUGAAUUCCGCUGUCUGAAUGGCAAAUGCAUUCCCGGCACUUGGAAAUGCAAUUCCAUGGAUGAGUGCGGCGAUAACUCAGACGAGAAAAAUUGCACUGUUCCCCCAACCGAGCCCCAGUCCAGCAUCUGCCCUUCAGGAACCUUCCAGUGCAGCGUAGCCCAUUCCACCAAGUGCUUGUUGAAUGAGCUGAAAUGUAAUACAGUUAAAGAUUGCAGCGAUGGUUCCGACGAAGAGAACUGCCCCGACCUUUCAUGUGGCAAAAGGCUGGGCAACUUUUACGGGUCUUUCGCCUCUCCCGACUUCUUCCGCUCGGACCACAGCCGAGCGGACCUCCUCUGCACGUGGCAUGUGGACACCCAGGACAACCGCCAUGUUCUCCUGCAGCUUGAUCUGCAGCUCGGCUACAAUGACUAUGUGAAGGUGUACGAUGGGCUGGAGGAGAGAGGCGACAAGCUCAUGCAGACCCUUUCGUAUCGCAACAACAGGCACUCGGUGAGCCUGGAGUCCUCCAAGGGGCAGCUGACCAUAUCGUACCAUGCCUGGUCCAAGAGCACUGGGCAUGGGUUCAACGCCACCUACCAGGUAAAGGGCUAUUGCCUACCUUGGGAGCACCCGUGCGGCAACGAUGAGGGGUGCUACACCGACAGGCAGCGCUGCGACGGCUGGUGGCACUGCCCCAACGGCAAGGACGAGGAGAGCUGCCCGGCCUGCCAGAAGAACGAGUACCCGUGCGAGGGGAACAGUGGGCUGUGCUAUUCGCUGCUCGACCGCUGCAACAACCAGAAGAACUGCCCGGAUGGCUCAGAUGAGAAGAACUGCUUCACCUGCCAGCCAGGCAACUUCCACUGCGGCACCAACCUGUGCAUCUUUGAGACGUGGCGCUGCGAUGGGCAGGAGGAUUGCCAGGAUGGGAGCGAUGAACACAACUGUCUGGUGAUCGUGCCCAGGAAGGUCAUCACGGCGGCUCUCAUCGGGAGCCUGGUCUGUGGGCUGCUGCUGGUGAUCGCCUUGGGCUGCGCCUUCAAGCUCUACUCCUUGAGGACCAGGGAAUACAGGGCGUUUGAAACCCAGAUGACCCGUCUUGAGGCGGAGUUUGUGAGGCGUGAAGCUCCCCCUUCCUAUGGGCAACUGAUUGCACAGGGCCUGAUCCCACCCGUGGAAGACUUCCCUGUUUACAACGCAUCACAGGCCUCCGUCCUGCAGAACAUCCGAACGGCCAUGAGGAGGCAGAUGCGUCGUCAUUCGUCCAGGAGGAGCUCAUCCCGCCGGCGCUUGGGCAGGUUGUGGAACAGAUUCUUCCACCGGCCGCGGGUGAGAGCUCAGAUCCCGCUGCUGAACCCCACCCACACUUCCCAAACAGUGCUAGGUGAUGGAAUCAUCAAUCACACAGAUGGCACGGCCCCCCAGAGCCCCCCAGCUUCUCCAGAGGGAACUAAUGUUGAAACGGGGAGCUGCAGCCCAAACCGGGGACUCCUGGAAUCUGAAAACAGCCAUUUGCCUUCAGAGACAGAAGCUGCAGAAUCACCCCCCUCAGACGUUCUGUCAAACAUUUGCACAGCAGCUCUCUCGGAGACAGAGGAUGGACAUGACAAGCCUUCUGGUACUGAAGACCCUCCCAGCGGUGAGAUCAGACAGACCAGCAAGGCUGAUUCAGGGAAAAUGUUCAGAGACCCUUUGUUGGAAAGGGUGGCAGAAACGCACCAGGGUGGGGGUUCGGCGUCUAGCAGGACUGUUGCUGAAUGCAGAAGCUCCAGCAGGAAUAAUUUGCUGAGCGAAGAGCCAUGCCGGCUCCCCUUUAAAAAGUGGGAGUCGAUAUACUCUGACAGCCCCGUGAAUGUCCCUAUUCAGGGGGAUGGCCGACACUGUUGCCCCCAGUCAUAUCGUGAAGAGCCUUUGGGCAUUUGCCCAGCUUGUUGCCAUUCCAUGGAAGUGCCAAUCCUCGAAUCCCCUCCCCCUCUCUCAGAAGUCACUCCCAGCGACGACGAGUCUUUACUGGUCUGCUAAUUGGAUUGUGCUGGGCUCUUUCAGGGCCCCCUGGGACACCUUUCAUUAAAUUGUGGUGCAAGCCACCCGCCACCAACAUCACCACUUCUGUUGCAGCACAUCUCCAGCAAAGUUCAUUAGGACAAAUGUGGUAUAUCAGCAACUGAUGAGAGUGUGUUCACGCAAUCAUACUUUUCUUCUUUAAAAACAAAACAAAACAAAAGCAUUUACUUGUAUAACAUGUUAUACGUACAAGACACAGUUAUUCUUCCCAAAGGGCUUGCAGUUUGGACUGUCUUGCCAUCUCCUUUGGUAUCUACAUACAGAUUUCUGACUAGCAGGCUACAGUCAUUAAAAUAUACCAGUUGUCAGUUUUGGCACCUCCA